AUGGUGAUGAAGAAAGAAGAACAGGGUCGUAAGUUGUUUGGAAUUUCACUCUCUGAUAAACCCAGAUGGCAACAAUUCCUCAUUUGUUCUUCUGGAUUCUUCUUUGGAUACCUUGUUAAUGGUAUCUGUGAGGAAUAUGUGUAUAACAGGCUUCAUUUCAGCUAUGGUUGGUACUUCACAUUUAUUCAAGGAUUUGUGUACCUGUUUCUGAUUUACCUUCAAGGUUUCACAAGCAAGCAAAUGGUGAACCCUUGGAAAACUUAUGUGAAGCUUUCUGCUGUACUCAUGGGUUCACAUGGUUUAACAAAGGGUUCUUUGGCUUUUCUUAAUUACCCUGCACAGAUCAUGUUCAAAUCCACUAAGGUUCUGCCAGUGAUGAUAAUGGGUGCUUUUAUUCCUGGUUUGAGAAGGAAGUAUCCAAUUCAUGAAUAUAUAUCUGCAAUACUCUUGGUUGUUGGAUUGAUCCUUUUCACACUAGCAGAUGCACAUACAUCACCUAAUUUCAGUGUUGUUGGUGUUGUUAUGAUAACCGGCGCUUUGGUCAUGGAUUCUUUUCUCGGAAAUCUUCAAGAAGCUAUCUUUACUAUGAACCCUGAUACCACACAGAUGGAGAUGCUGUUCUGCUCAACUGUAGUGGGAUUACCUUUCUUAAUCCCCCCGAUGCUUUUUACAGGAGAAUUAUUCAAAGCAUGGACUUCAUGUUCACAGCAUCCUUAUGUGUAUGGUGUUUUAGUCUUUGAAGCAAUGGCAACAUUUAUAGGUCAAGUUUCUGUCCUAUCCCUUAUUGCCCUUUUUGGUGCCGCCACCACAGCCAUGAUAACAACAGCAAGAAAGGCAGUGACAUUGCUAUUGUCAUAUUUGAUAUUUACAAAGCCAUUAACCGAACAACAUGGAAGUGGACUAAUACUCAUAGCUAUGGGAAUCACAUUGAAAAUGUUGCCUGAAAACAAACCCACCAUCAACAAAAAAGCCUUAAAUUCUUCUCCUAAUAGUUCAAAAUCAACUACUGGUGAUGAUGAAGAGAUGGGUGGAGUCCAUGAUUCUGUAGGUGGUGAAGAUGAUGAAAGAAGGCCUUUGGUUUAG